AUGGACGACUCGGCCAACAUUUCCGGACCGACCAACAACGACCUUGUGCCGCUCGCCAUGAACGAGACCGAGAUCGACGAGGAUCACAUGGCCGACAGCUCCUCUCCUCCAGAUACUCCUCCCGCGCGCAUAUACACACCACCGCCGCAUAUUGCGGCGCGUUUCUACCGGCCUUCGGCCCAGGCGCGCCGUAAAAGCUCAGCCGCAUCCUCGCGGCGAAACUCGAUUUCAUCCAACCAUUCGCGAUCCUCACAUGGCUUCGGCUACCCCACAUCUUCUUCACCCACAAGCGGUGCACCCCAGAGCAAGCAUGUUGCACAACAUCUGCGGCGGGCGUCGAUUCUUGCCGACCGCAAGGCCCGCCUUGCCGAUCGCGCUGCCCAUGCCGAACAGGUGCGUCUGCGGGCAGCCAUGGCCAAGGCUGCUGUCCGAGACAUCUCUGUUAGCGAAGAACGCGCCCAGGCGGCAGCCCAGGCGCGCGAGAAGAAGCUCGAGGAGAUUGCCGCGGCAUGUGCUGAAGAGGUCAAGCGUGCCAAGGCCGUCGCCGAGACUAUGAAGGAGAAGCGAGAACAAGACCUGCUUCGUUUGCGGCAGCAGAUCAAGGACCGCUUGGAUGAGGCCGAGCGCCGCCGCGAAGAGUUGCGUCGUAACAACGCCGCAGGCCGCACACGCGCCCGUGGCCAGAGCAUCCCCAGUACCCGGAAGACGGUCGAAGUUAUGCCCCAGGUGGCCGAACUUAAGGAGACAGUGUCACCCGCAUCUGGCGAGAACAAUAGCAGCCCCUCCCGCGACACGCCCGCCCCCGCCCUUACCCCAGACGAAGCGGCCUACAAAAUUCUGCAUUGGUGGCGGCGGAGCCACCGCAGACGUGCCAUUGCUGAGUUUCAGCAGCUGGGGCUAGCUGUCGACAGCGUACGCAACACCUCCUUUGAUGAAGUUGUCCAGCUCUUGGCUCAGGACAAGGUGCUUAUGACGACUGGCAAAGUCUUACGCCUGUGUGGCAUCCAAGAAGGCAAGACAAGCUCAGUCAAGGAAAUCGUCGUUGUCCGUGCAUUUCUCAGCGCAUUCCUGAUUCUUGGCCAUCCAACACAAGUUCUGAGCAGCAAGGAAAGCCAAGAUGCCGUGACCAGUGGUCAAAGUAUAAAUUAUGCCCUGAACAGUGCCGCUGCACGUGGAAAUACUUCAUCGUCGACUACGAGCACAGGCACUAACUCCAACUCCAUCGCCAAUGGAGCUUCUCCGUCAGAGCCUGACGUCACAAAUCCGCAGCUACAAGACGUUGUUAGAAAAGCAAAGGAUUUGCUAGUUUGCUUCGAAACCAUUGUGAACCGCCUCACACCUGCCAAUAACUACACGCCCCCAUCCACUCUCGCAAGCGAGUUGAUUGAUUCCUACGACAGCUUCUACGAUGCUUUCAUUGCCUGGAAGGCGCGCGAUGCAUCGGCCCUGGUCGAUGUCAUGGUCAUGCAGUUUGUGGAGCUGGACGCCAUCUGGCAGACUGUCAAAGAUGGCACCGAUGCGUCCGUGUCCGACACCUACCGCCAGAGCAUCCAACAAAACCAGGUCUUGCUCCUAGUACGCAUCAAGAAAUUGGCUGGCGCCGAAGAGGGAAAGAAGAAGGUAUUUGCUGCCGUACAUAAGGCUCGCAAAGCCAAGGAGGAAGCCAACCGAAAGGCUGCGGCUACCUCUGCAAACAACCAUAUGCGGCCGCGUGAGGCACAUGACACCUCGAUCGAAACGGCGAUGGGUGAUCUCACGAGCGACGGCAAUAGCACUGCGGCCACUGGAACGACCGCAUCUGCCACAGGCGUUCAGCUCUCGCGCAAUGUGGGCCCCCUGGGCCGGGGCACUGCUUCAGGCGCCGUGAAUGAUGCUGCAAUAGCCGGUCUUUUACCCCAAACGAAGCCCUCAGCUGAGGCCAGAACAGGAGCAACGCUACGUGAUCUCCACCUUGAGCCUGCGGACGAAGUAUAUUCGAGCAGCCCGCUUCCGGAGAACCGGAUCGUGGUACACGAGCUCACACUCAACCGUGAAUAUGUACUUUCGGCGACGCAGUUCCAGAAGAAGCAGGAAGCUUGGAUGGCGCCAAUCGUCCAGCGCAUGCGCAAGACCAUGUCGGCCGACGACGGUCAAAUGAAGGAAGAACACUUCUACUACCUGCUCACAAUGGCCGACUGCAUCCGGUCGAAACUGGAGCGCUUGACCAUUCCCGGCAAAAAGAUGCACCAGUUCAUUGGUGAGCUGCUGGAUACCGAGGUGGCCCAGCGGCAGUUUGCAAAAGGGAGCUUCUCGUACGAGAAGUUCUUUUCUGCAGUUGGCGGACUGCUUCCUCAGCUCUGUGCCCCUUUCCGCGAUCCAGAGGUGAAGGACCUGAUUGACAACAAGCUCCAGGAGGGCGACUACGUCGACCGUCUCGUGGCCCUCAUGGCUUUCAUUGACCUGAUGUUGACCGAUCACAUCAACUUCAUGAUCAAAAUGGCAGCACCUGAGCUAAUUGCGUCUAGUACGCAGUACGAGCAACGCCGCUUCGCCUCUCUCGUCAGUGGUAAUAACAAUGUCGACGUUACUAAUAUCUCCGGGAUUGCGGCCACCAUCUCGGUCGGGGACAAGCUGCCAGCCUCGGCGGCUGCAUGGAUGGUGGCGCGCAACAAAGUGGUCGCCGAAGUCGCCAAGCGUGACGCGGAGGGCAUUAACCAUCCGCGGUCCCGGCCAAAACUAGACCAGUUCUACGCACAAAUGCUGGUGGACGUAUUCACGCAACUCGGCCCCAUCCCGCUACGUGAGAUGCCCGAGAUGCUGCGCCUCGACCACGAGCGUGCACAGAAAUGGGGUGCCAUGACUCGGCGCAUUGUGACCGCGGGUGCGGUGCUCCUGCAGUGCAAGAACCUGCUCAAGCGCGACGUGCGCCUACCCUGGAAGACGGAGGCGUUCCGCGUCAUGGCUGUCCUGGAGAAGGCGGAGAAUGACGCUGCCCAGGAACAGCAAGUCCCGAAGGACCAAAAGGAGCAGAAGACGCUCAAUACACUCAACUCCACCACCGUGAUCGACGGCGUGAUGGCGGCCCUCGAGUCCGGCCGGUCCAUGCCUGCUUCUACAAAGGCACAGCUGCGCACGAUUGUCGAGCGCACCAUGGCAGCCAGUGCCGAAGCAGCUGUGGCACGCAUCAGCCCCGAGGCUGGCGGCGGUGAUGCGAUACCCCAGGAACCCGUGCUCCGUCUGCUAUUGCACCGCCUGCGCGGCUACCUUGUUGCCCGCCUUGCUGCUAUCUCUUCGGCCGAGCGUACGCGCCAGACCAGCGCCGCAGGCGACCGUCUGACCGGCCUCGGCUUAGCCGAGUUUGUCGACCGCCUACGCGAGAUGAUGGAGGAACUGACGCGCAUCAGCACUGUUGACCGUGAGACUCACGGCGCCUUCUGGGAGGCCGUUUCUUCGCAUAUCGAGAGCGAGGCUGCGGCGACGUCGGUGAGCCCUCGGAGCUAG